UUUCUGAACCAACGUAGCUGCGGGAGCGGUGUUGGUGGUGGCGAUGGGGAAUGAGUCGGGAUCUCUGGAAUACACGCCCGCAUGGAUAUUUGCGGGUGUAUGCUUCAUCACUGUUUUUCUCUCUCUUUGUGCUGAACGAGGCCUUCACCCGCUUGGCAAGUUCUUAAUGCGCAAGAAGCAAGGCGCUCUCUUCGUUGCCCUACAAAAAUUUAAAGAAGACUUGAUGCUCUUAGGGUUCAUUUCGUUUCUGUUAAUUGUUUUUCAAAGCAUACUCGGUCGAAUAUGUAUCUCUACACAUCUGGCCUCGCACAUGCACCCAUGCAAGAAGCAAUCUUCACAUAUCGCCACUCAUGGAGAGCUUUUGCUGACAAGAAACUACAAGAGAGGGCUUUUAUCACCGGAUGAGAGUGUGGACAUCUGUGCACGUAAGGGACAGGUUCCACUGUUGUCGAUAGAGGCGUCACAUCAACUUCAAAAAUUCAUCUUUGUAUUGGCAGUCGUUCAUGUCAUCUUUUGUGGGACUGCUAUGGUUCUUAGCGAAGCAAGGGUCCGUCGAUGGAAAAGGUGGGAAGACUCAAUUCGGAGAGGACACGCAGCCGCAGGUGAUGCUCAUCGCCGCCAUCAUGAGAUCUUCAGACUGCGCGCAAGUGGAUAUUGGAGGAAAGUAGCUAUUGUGAGCUGGAUGAUUUCAUUUAUGAAACAAUUCUAUGGUUCUGUCACCAAGUCAGAUUAUAUCGCUCUGCGACACGGAUUUAAAAUGGCCCAUUUGCCUUUGGUACCUGAAUCGACAUUUGAUUUUCACGACCACAUGAUGCGAAUUCUUGAAGGUGAUUUUAUAAAAAUAGUCAGCAUAAGCUGGUUCUUUUGGCUAUUCAUCGUCGUCUUUCUGCUACUAUAUGUGCAAGGAUGGAACACGUACUUUUGGUUGUCGUUUCUGCCAUUAAUCCUUUUGCUCCUUGUUGGUGCUAAACUGGAGCAUAUAAUAAUGCGCUUAGCUCAGGAGGUGGACAGUACUGAUCAUGAUCAUGAAGCCGCUAGAGUGAAGCCCUCUGAUGAUCACUUUUGGUUUCGUCGGCCCGGAAUUAUUCUUCGGCUGAUUCAAUUCAUUUUGUUUCAAAAUUCUUUCGAGAUUGCCUUUUUCUUCUGGAUAUGGAGCACUUACGGACUCCACUCGUGCAUUAUGGAAAAGCCUGGUUUCAUCAUCACAAGACUCAUAAUGGGAGUAAUUGUUCAGGUCCUCUGCAGCUACAGUACCCUGCCUCUGCACGCUCUAGUCUCUAAGAUGGGAACCUCGUUCGAGUUUGGUCACCGUCUCCAACCCAACCUAGGGCAAAGGCUUGUUCAUGGAAAGGGCGACCACCCAUCUAGCGUAGCAACCGCUUCACAUUCGCACGGAAUGGGCACGCAAUCAUUGGAAACCUUUCAUGUGGCCGAGCAAGCGCAGGAUAUUGAAGUCGAGAAUGGUCUCUGAUGUCUCUCGAGUACCAGGCUCGAAACUCCAUUUAUUAAUCUUAAAAAUCAUGGACACGAUGAUGGCUUCGUGCGCCAUUUUUGGGAUA